AUGUAUAAAAAAGGAGAAGGUGUUCCAGAUUUCGUACUUUUGAACCAAAUCACAGAGAAUGCAUUCAUUGAGAAUCUUAUUACCAGACACAAGUCCGAUCAAAUCUACACCUACAUCGGAGAUGUAGUCAUUUCAUCCAAUCCAUUCAAAAAGAUGAACAUCUACAAUGAAAGUGAUAUCAAAUCUUACAAUGGUAGAUAUAAAUAUGAAAUGCCACCACAUAUUUAUGCUUUGGCAAAUGAUGCUUAUCGUUCAAUGAGACAGAAUCAAGAGAAGCAAUGUGUAAUUAUCAGUGGUGAGUCUGGUGCCGGUAAGACUGAGGCCAGCAAAAAGAUUAUGCAAUUCUUGGCCUACGUAUCCAAUAAGGCCACAUUGGAGGGUGACAAGAUCACAAAGAUGUUGCUCGAGUCCAAUCCAUUGUUAGAGGCAUUCGGUAAUGCCAAAACACUGAGAAACGACAACUCUUCGCGUUUCGGUAAAUACAUGGAGAUGCAAUUCAGUCCAUCCGGUGUACCAACUGGUGGAAAGAUUACAAAUUAUUUGUUGGAGAAAUCAAGAGUUGUAGGAAGAGCAAGUGGCGAGAGAAGUUUCCAUAUUUUCUACCAAAUGCUAAAGGGACUUUCUCAGGCAAAGUUGACAGAACUCGGUUUGACAUCGGCUGCCCAAACCUAUCAAUAUCUAAAGAGUAGCAAUUGUGUUGAUGUAGCGACCAUUGAUGAUGUUGCCGAUUUCAAGGCUGUUGUUAGAGCAAUGGAAACACUUGGAUUGAAGGAAAAUGAACAAUCAUCGAUUUGGAGAAUAUUAGGUGCAAUUCUACACAUUGGUAAUAUUACAUUCGAAGAGUUGCCAGAGCAAAAGGUUGGACAGGUAUCAGUUGGAAUCAAAGAUCCAAAGGCUUUGGCUGCCGCUGCCAAUUGUCUAAAGGUUGAACCAACUCAAUUGACUCGUGCUCUCACCUACAGAUCUAUCAAUACUGGUGUCGGUCGUAGAAUGUCCGUCAUUGCAGUGCCACUCGAUAAUGUCCAAGCCAUCUUCUCAAGAGAUGCACUUGCCAAGGCACUCUAUGAGCGUCUCUUCCAAUGGCUAGUGACAAGAAUCAAUCAUGAAAUCAAUGCCAAUGAGAAAGGUCUUGUAAUUGGUAUUCUAGAUAUUUAUGGUUUCGAAGUAUUCGAUAGAAAUAGCUUUGAACAAUUGAAUAUCAAUUAUUGUAAUGAAAAGUUACAACAAUUAUUCAUUGAGUUGACUUUGAAGAGUGAACAAGAGGAGUAUAUAAGAGAAGGUAUCGAAUGGAAGAAUAUCGAUUAUUUCAACAACAAACCAAUUUGUGAAUUGAUCGAGAAGAAACCAAUGGGUUUGAUUUCCUUGUUGGAUGAAUCUUGUUUAAUUGCCAAGUCCACAGAUCAAACAUUCUUAGGUCAAAUUACAAAUACAUUUGAUAAGAAUCAACAUUUCCAAAGUUAUCAAUCAACAAAAGAUAGAAGUAUUGGUGAGAAUUGUUUUAGAUUGAAACACUAUGCCGGUGAUGUUACUUAUGAUGUCUCUGGAUUCUUGGACAAGAAUAAGGAUACAUUGUUUGUUGAUUUGAUCAAUUCCAUGCAAUUGUCUGCAGAUCCAUUGAUUCGUAGUAUCUUCCCCUCACCCAAGCCAGAGGAUUCCAAGAGACGUCCAGAGACAGCGGGUUCACAAUUCAGAACUGCUAUCAAUGCGUUGAUUACAACACUGUUGGCAUGCUCUCCACACUACGUUCGUUGUAUAAAGAGUAACGAUAACAAGCAGGCCGGUGUCAUUGAUGAGGAGCGUGUUCGUCAUCAAGUGAGAUACCUCGGUCUUCUCGAGAACGUGCGUGUAAGAAGAGCUGGUUUCGCCAAUCGUCAGACCUACGAACGUUUCUCACAGCGUUACAAAAUGACAUGCAAACAAACUUGGCCAACUUUCAGAGGCAGUCCCAAGCAGGCAGUCGAGGCGAUCAUUGCCGCGCACGGCAUCGCCAAGGACGAAUUCCGUCUCGGAAAAACAAAGAUCUUCAUUCGUAAUCCAACUACACUGUUCUACUUUGAGGAGAAGCGUGAAGAGGAGUUGCCAAGAAUCGCCACUCUCAUCCAGAAAACAUGGCGUGGAUACCGCGCGCGUUCCAGAUGGAACCAGAGAAAGGCUGCCAUCAAAAUCCAGCUGUUCUACCGUAACUACAGAUUCAGACGUUGGUUCCGCGAUCUCAAUAGAGCAAUGGCUGACGUCGUCAAUGCUUUCAGCUACGGCAAGCAAAUUGCAUGGCCAAAGCAUCCGUCGACAAUUAAUCGCGCCGUCGAGUUGCUCCACAAGAUUCACAACACGUGGCGUGCCGAAAAGAUGGUAAUGAAGCUCGGAGCAGGUGCACCGGCAAUGCGACAAAAGGUACUUGCUCUCGACAUCUUCCGUGGCAACAAACCCUGGAAGUGUGGACGUAUCUUUGACGCCGACUACCUCGAGAAGCCAACGAAUCCGUUCCAACCAAAAUAUGUCGCCGCCAUGCAGAAUCUGUUUUCCACCUACGGUGACACCGAAGUGUUGUUUGCUGACUACGUUAUCAAAGUCAAUCCUAAAGGUGUUCCACAGAAGCGUGGUAUAGUAGUGACCAACGCCAACAUCUACAAACACGACCCAAAGAAUUACAAAGUGAAAAAGUGGGGAACCCCGCUUGCGGAUAUAACCUCGAUCUCUGCAUCGCCCAAUCAAGACACCUUCCUUGUGUUGCACUGUAAGCCACCACAACGUGAUUUGGUACUCGAUCUCGGAAUCAACGGAUACGAAGCACUCUCUGAGAUCACCACAGUCAUUGUACAACAAGUUCAGAAACUCACAGGUAUUCGCUUGAAAGUUCAAUUCUCACAGCAGAUCACCUAUAACAAUGCUCGUCCAAAGGGAGCAGACACUCAUCUUUCAUUCCAAGUGACAAACGAUCCAAAAGUCACCGGAUCAUCAUUCAAAAAAGGAAAAGAUCAUCAAGCAACCAUUUUAUAUAAAUAA